UCUCUCCUCGGGUGUCUCUGCUGCAGAAGUCUUCCUCGUCUCCAGUCACGUGUCAUGCUACAGGCUUUUACCCCAGUGGAGUAACAUUCUCCUGGAUGAGAAAUGGACAAGAUCAUGAUGAGGAUGUGGAUCUCGGUGAACUUCUUCCCAAUGAAGACGGGACCUUUCAGAGGACGAGCGAAGAAGUUACACCUGAUGAGUGGAAGAAGAACAAGUACAGCUGUGUGGUGGAGCACCAGGGCAAAACUAAGACAGCAAAUGAGAUCAGGACAAACAAUGCAGAUUCUGCUCCCAUUGGCAUCAUUGUUGGUGUUGUUGUUGUUGCUGUCGUCCUGUUAAUGGUCAUUGGUGUCGCUGGAUAUAUGGUGUAUUGGAAAAAAGAGAAAUUAGGCCCUGACACCUCAACUGUUGACAGUGCCACAAGCCUACUAUCCUCUGACAGCUCAAGUGUUGAAAACACCAAGGGCCCAAAAAAAAGAGACACAAGAGGAUUGUGCAAGACACAAGAUGACUGAGGAAACUGAACCUGAAAAAGUUUUGCCCAGCUUGCAGUGUCUUUCUUUUAACCCUUUAAUGGUUAUUCUUCCUAAAAUCAUUCUAGUUAGAAAAUAUGUGAUUCUAUGAGGGGGUUUUGUUGCUAUUGUAGCUCAUGAGUGGAUUUUGACAUCAUUUGACAAUCACUUUGUGCUGUCUCUUGGAGUUAAUAGCACCUUUGCAGUCUGUCCUUCAGUCACUCUAUCAGCAUGAGUUUAAGAUAAGCUUUAAAUAGUGACAGGUACAUACAGCAGUGCAGAAGAUAAUGAAUG